CUGCUCUGACCGUUUAGAGCUACACGACACUCACUCAGCCGUCUGCAGUGAGGGAGGCUGGACGCACAAACAGCAAGCUCGUAAAUCGGUUGACUGGGGACGGCUCUUAGAAUCUCUUUCAGAGAUGUACCGACAGGUCUUGGUGGUACUUGCACUGCUGCUCUGCUCGUCACCCUCGGUAAAAGGAGGGAAGAUCUUGGUGUUCCCCUUUGAUGGAAGCCACUGGGUCAACAUGAAAGUCCUUGUUGAGGAGCUUCACUCCAGAGGCCACGAACUCACGGUGAUGCGGGCAUCAGACAGCUGGUACAUCAAGCCAGAGUCCCCUUACUACAAGUCCAUCCAUAUGGAUUCCUCAGGUGGUUUUGAUAAAGAACGCUUUGGGUCAUUUGCAACCAAACUGAUGAACAUGCGGCGGCAAGGUGCUUCGCUUUGGGCCCGUACAUAUCUGGAGUAUGAACUGGUGGUACAGUUCUAUGAGAUGCAUAAGAAGCUGAUUCAGAUGGUGGAGGAGUUAUUUGAGAAUACCAAACUGAUGCAGAGCCUCCGCGAUGCCAAAUAUGAUAUGGUUCUGACGGACCCUGCACAUGGUGCAGGGGUGUUUCUGGCUCACCGUUUGGGUCUUCCGUUUGUCUUCAACGUGAGGUGGACUGUUCAGGGUGAGGCACAUUAUGCAAUCGCACCUUGCCCAUUGUCAUAUGUCCCAGUACCAGCUUCAGAGCUGAGUGACAAGAUGACGUUUCUCCAGCGGGUCAAGAACUUUCUUUGCUUUAUCUUCACACGUCUUCAAAUUUGGUAUGUCACAGAACCAAACUACACACCAUUUGUCCAUCGUUACUUUGGAAAUGAUAUAUAUUACAUGGAGCUGUUUCAGGCAGCAGACAUCUGGCUCAUGAGGAACGAUUUUGUCUUCGAGUACCCACGACCCACAAUGCCAAACGUCAUUUACAUGUCAGGAUUUCAGUGCAAAUCCUCCAAGCCCCUGUCUAAAGAACUAGAGGACUUUGUCCAGAGCUCUGGUGAGCAUGGCGUCAUCGUUAUGACAUUGGGAACUCUGGUGGAAAAACUUCCUGAGGACAUCUCUGAGGACAUUGCCGCUGCUUUCGCCCAACUUCCUCAGAAGGUGAUCUGGGCGCAAAAAGGCAAAAGACCAUCCACCCUCGGCAACAACACCUUACUCUUGGACUGGCUGCCUCAAAAUGACCUCCUGGGUCACCCAAAGACCAGAGUGUUUGUGGCCCACGGAGGCACCAAUGGAAUCCAGGAGGCCAUCUACCACGGCGUCCCCCUGGUCGGCCUGCCCCUCAUGUUCGACCAGCCUGACAACUUCUUCAGGAUGGAAGCAAGAGGCGUGGCCAAAGUCCUGGACAUUGCAACUGUGAACAAAGACAACUUCCUGGAGGCGCUGAAGGAGGUGCUCUAUGACCCAACCUACAGGGAGAAGAUGAAGACGCUGUCCAACCUGCAGAGAGACCAGCCCAUGAAACCAAUGGACCGGGCCAUGUUCUGGAUCGAGUUUGUCAUGAGGCACAAAGGAGCGGCGCAUCUGAGGACAGAGUCUUACAAGAUGUCCACGAUCCAGUACUAUUCAAUUGAUGUGGUGACGUCUCUGCUGGCAGUUAUUUUGCUAGUAUUUACUGUUUUUAUUUCUGCAGUUAAGUUUUUGUGGCGCAGAGUUUUUUCUAGAGGAAAAGCCAAAAAGGAAUGAUGAUGUGCUGCAAGAUAUUUGUGUCACAUUUUCUGGUUACUGAUUUCUUGUAAAGAAAACACUCCUAAACUGUUCUGAUCUGUAUUCAGAGUCCUGCGCAAGAUACAAACAGUCUCACACUGUAAGGUAAAAAGGUCAUGUUUCUGUUCUAUGUGUUUGUGUUAGGUAGUUAAAGAGACGUCUAAAAAAAACUGUAAAUAACUUAAUGCAGUUUGGUGGAAAGUUAGACCUUGAGUCAAGUCUUCAUGUUUUAGUCCAGAUCCAGGAAUGCUCUUUCAGUUUUUAAUCAGAAUUUGUCUUCCUGCUUUGCAUUUCUGAGAGGUUACUGAAAACAAAUAUUCAUGCUUAGUUUGCUUAGUGUCCAGUUCUGUAUCAAAUAUCUUGAUUCUGAAUGUUGGAUUUUCAGCAUUAGGGUUAGCCUAAGGACAAGAACAUUUUGAGUAAAUUAUUAAUAAUAGUUAUUGUCUCUGUUACAUAAAGGCUAACUACAUUAAAUGGUGACAUAUUAAAUUACAGUUCUAUUCCAUGAAGCAAAGCCAAGCAUCUUAUUGGUAUCUUCUUACACUACUUGUAAAGCUGAAUUAGUUUUGGGUUAUUGUAAUCAGAUGCAGCACUUGUAGGGUAUUGCCACUGUCUUUGAAGUUUCUGUUUAUUUCUCACAUUCAUUUACAGCUUUUUAACAUGUGAUUAUGUUGAGAUAUAAUAUGCAAUGAUAUUCUUCCAUUGAGUUGUUACUGAUUUUUUAAAGAUUUUUAUUUUUCGGCAUGUUGCCUCUAUUUGAGAGCCAACAGUGCCUCAACCAUUAAGCUAUCUGCUUUUUUAAAUAUAUAAAAUAGCAGCUUUACAACUAUAAUGAACUACUAUGAACAAACAUUUAAUAAAGUAGUGUGUGUGUGUGGUGUGAGCACAUCUUUAUUUUGAACAUUAAAAUAAUUGUUUUAUCUUUUGGCACUUAUGUACUGCAGUAAUCUUGUUACUUAUCACCUGACACAUACGCCAACACAAAUAUAUCUGUGAUUAACUCAAAUCAUCUGAUAACAUUGGCCAAGUCACUGAAUUGGUCGGGCUGUAUUUGAAACAGAUAGAAUCAAAGGAGCUUAAAACAUUUUACGAUAACCCCAACACCUGUGCACCAAAAAUGUUGAAUGUAAAAUGUUAGACCUUGAGUGAAGUUAUAAGUUUGAAGUACAUAUAAAGGAAUGUUUGGAAGGAUGUUUUGCACUGACUCAUGUAUCUUGUGAUUGUCUAUCACUAGGGCUGGGUGAUGAAUCAAUAAUAUGACUUUCAGUGAUGAUAUGAUGUUGUCAUGUUAUCGUUCGACAAAUGAAUGUGUUUACUGGAAGGCACAAAGACAAGAACAUUUUUGUGUAAAUGAUUAAUAAUGGGUAUUUGCCUCUGUUAUAUUAAGGGAAAAUAAAAUAAAUGGUGACAUAUUAAA